AGGCCGGGGCAUCGAUUCCUUGCAUCGGUGCUGAUCUUUUGCCUGUUCCUGGGUGCAGCGAGAGAGAAUUGGUGGCUCGAGAAUUUGCCUUGAGAGCAGUCUCUCACAAAUAUGAGGCUGGUAAUCCUUGAUAACUAUGAUCUUGCAAGUGAAUGGGCUGCAAAGUAUAUCUGCAAUCGCAUCAUCAAGGCCAAGCCAAACCAAACCAGGUAUUUUACUCUUGGUUUACCAACAGGAAGCACACCUCUGGGCUGUUACCAAAAGCUGAUUGAGUAUCAUAAAAAAGGAGAUCUCUCAUUCAAAUAUGUGAAGACAUUCAAUAUGGAUGAAUAUGUAGGACUUCCCAGAAAUCAUCCAGAGAGCUACCAUUCUUACAUGUGGAACAGUUUUUUUAAGCAUAUUGAUAUAGAUCCAAGCAACGCUCAUAUUCUCGAUGGGAAUGCUCCAGACUUAAAGGCAGAGUGUGAGGCGUUUGAAAAAAAGAUUGAAGAAGCUGGAGGAAUUGAUCUAUUUGUUGGAGGCAUUGGUCCAGAUGGCCACAUUGCCUUCAAUGAGCCAGGCUCCAGUUUAGUAUCAAGAACAAGACUGAAGACGCUGGCUAUGGACACCAUUCUGGCAAAUGCAAAAUACUUUGAUGGGAACUUAUCUAAAGUUCCAACGAUGGCCUUAACCGUUGGUGUGGGAACAGUGAUGGAUGCUAGAGAAGUAAUGAUUCUAAUCACAGGCGCGCACAAAGCUUUUGCCUUGUACAAGGCAAUUGAAGAAGGGGUCAAUCAUAUGUGGACAGUGUCUGCUUUCCAGCAGCAUCCUCACACUAUCUUUGUCUGCGAUGAAGAUGCUACCUUAGAACUAAGAGUUAAAACUGUGAAGUAUUUUAAAGGUUUAAUGCAUGUGCACAACAAACUCGUCGAUCCGCUGCACAGUAUGAAAGAGCAAGACUGAAGGAGAAACCAAAGCUGGAAUCCCACCUGCCCGUCCCUGGCAGCGCGUUAGGUAGCAGAUGAACUGACUGCUAUGCAAUGGGCUGGAAACCGGUUAAAAAAGAGAAUCUGAAGUACUGUGCUUCUCCUCCCCACCCCACCCCUUCUCUGAAGGUCCAGCCUGUACACUCUCACAUUCCUCCUUAGCCCCGUAACAAGCCGUGUUCUCUCUCCAUUCCUACCCAGAUUUGUGUUGACUGUUACGUAUUAGCUAUUUGCCAUUAGAAACCGACGGAGCUGUUCUGACUUCAGAGCACAGCCCCAUUCGAGCUUUCUGGAAUGCGAAAUAUAAACACAUUUCCUUGUUUGUUCCAAGGCACUUUUUCAUCUUGGGUUUUGUAAUGUCAGUGUAGAACCAGAUAAUAAGGCACUUUAUUGUGAAAUGUUUACACACACACACACACACACACAGAUUAUUGGCUGCCUUAAAACUGUACACCUUCAUGGGAGACGGUGUCAGGGUAACCUAGUUUGAAAGCGGUACCUGCAGUCGUAGAUGCUCGUUUUGGUAACAAUUUUUUGUCAGCUUUGAGAAUGGUCGCCACAUUGGUGGUUACCGUUAAAUCAAAGGAACGUCUAGUCCCUUAAAAGCUAGGGUGUGGAUUUUAUGCAGCAGCAGUGGAUGAGGCCAACAGCUACCUGUGAUGCCAAGGGUCUGAGGAUCCAUGUGGAUGAAUUGCCAUGCAGCACAAGUGGCUGUGUUAAGAAGGGAAAAGUGAGCAGAAUGACCCUUUUCUCCCAUCAGUCCUUCCUGCCCCGUGUUCCCUCUAAGGUGUGCCCGUGAGCAAGCGGCCGCUCAUUAACACAGGAAGCCCCACUCAGCAGCAACCUGGAGCCGCACAGGGUCUCACACUGCCCACUUGACGAUUACAGCAGUUAUGUUCUGCUCAAGAUAUGAAGUGCUGUGCUCAGUAGGGGGG